AUGGAAUUAUAUGAUACAAAAAGUUAUGAAACUUGCCACAGUACUCUUCAAAAAUUGGAGCUUUAUGAUAAAAAUGAUAUGCAGCGGAUAUAAUUAGACAGCAAAAUAAAAGGAUAAGAAAGCUAGAGUUCGAUCUCCAAAUUGAGAAAAUCACUAAAUAAGUAUCGUGAUGGUGAGCCCACUCAUCAAUCAUUUACUGAUAAAAGUAAAAGCAUACCAUUUUCAAAAGAAAUUCCAAUGAAAGUUAAAAGUGCUCCCAAUGUGGCAAACUGAAGAUGAUCUAAAAACAUCAAAAGUACGAAUAGAAAGCAUGAAAUAAGCAAGAAUCUACCCUUAUGAUCCCAUAAAAAGAGUUUGGCAUGAAGUAAAAGGAAAAGAUUUUUGAAUAAAAAGUCGAUUUCCAGACCUGAAUCAGUCAGUGUUUCAGAAGUGAAGAAAAAUACUUCAGGGUUUGUGCAGGAUGAAGAUCUUUCAAAGAUACUCCUUCAGAGUAAUUAUGGAGGUUCUUGAUCAAAAUACAAUUCAAAUAAUGAUAAAUACAAAAACUUAGAUGUGUUUCUUGAGAAGAAGAAUGGAGUUUUUGAUACGGCCUCUUACUCAAAUUCAUAUUUUUGAAAAUCUGAGUAUACCGGCUUAAAUUCUUUUCUGAAGCAGAAAACACCUAAAUCAAAUAUAUCCAAGCCAGCAAAGUUUGAGGGUAGCGCAGCGUUACUUAGAUCACAUAACCUCGCUGGAUCAAAUCUAACAGUGAAGGCAGAAUGUAAGGUUAGGUCCUCCAUUAGCCCCCUGAGUAAUUUGAAAUAUUCAAUUUAAACUUAUGAA